AUGGGUAAUUGUGUUUUUAAAGGAUUCGCACAAGUCGAAGACAUGGUGAGAGUGGUUACAUCCAGUGGUGGCAUCAUGGAGCUAUUCGCACCCAUCACCGCCGAGUGCAUUACCAACGAGUUCCCAGGCCACGCCAUCUACCGAACACCCGGUUUGCUCUCCCAGCCCCUCCUCCACAACGAGGAGCUCCAUGCAGGCCGCCUCUACUAUCUCCUCCCUAUCAACACCAGCAUCACCAAAAGGAACGAUAUUACGCCUACGUCUUCGUCCAUGACUACACCGUAUCGAAUGUCGUUCGAUCAGCAGAGGGUGUUGAAGAGGGCGGAGACGGCGGAGGUGUUACCUAGGUAUAACAGCAGCGGUGUAUGGAAGGUGAAGCUGGUGAUAAGUCCGGAUCAGUUGGCGGAAAUCUUGGCGCAGGAGUCGAGAACGGAGGCUUUGAUUGAGAGCGUGAGGACGGUGGCUAAGUGUGGGAACGGAGUGUCGUCGUCGGUGGCUAAUUCUGAUCAGUUGAGCGUUUCUAGUAGUUUGAAAGGUCUAUGGUGUAGAUUCAUUUGCAGUGAUUUCUUCUCCAACUACAAUGAUGGUCUAUCUUAG